AUGGCGUUUUUCUCGGGACUUUCUAGUUCUAUCGGCAAGAAGCUGCUACUCUACGGACUACGACAUAUCGAUAUCCUUGACAAGGACCCUGCCGACUUUGUGAGCGUUGACGUGGGGAAGCGGACCACACUUGAGGUUCGAGAUGUUGGCCUACAUGUAAAGAAACUCGUAGCACUGCUGCAUCUCAAGCUACCUCCCGAGAUACACCUUUCCAAAGCCCGAGCCUCGCUACUCCGAGUCACCUUCGUCCUCGAUUUCGGUGUACCGCAGAUAUCAAUAGAGGUAGAUGGCAUACAAGUACAAGCUAGGCUAGUAGACGACGCGGAAGCAAAUGCAUCGCCACAAGUCAACCAAGUGCUGCCUCGGUCGCGCCCCUCACCGCCUCACGAGCCAUCGCCCUCUUUGCAUACUCGUGAUGAUUUGAGUGAUGCUUCCUCGGAUGAGGACGAGCAUGUGCCGACCGUCGACGAGCUGGCAAAGUCGUUCAUACGAGAGGAACCUGCCGAGGAAAUACGAGAGCUAGAGCAAGAGCUGGAAUCACAAUCGGCGUAUAUGCACGAGUCAACCACAUCAAGUGACGAUGGAGAUGAGGAGGGUUCCGCGGGCAUGGGAGCGCCUCUAGCGCUUCCACUCUACUUGAGGAACAUUCUCAAUACCGCGCUUGAUCGGCUUAGUAUUGUCGUUAAUAACAUCGAUGUUGAAGUGGAGGACCAGUCCCCACUGGACACCACCAAUUCACUAAAGCAAAGCCAAAGCUCGCCUGUUUCUAUAAACGUCCAUAUCGAACGUAUCGCGGUUGAUUCUUCAACAUCUCGAGAUGCACCCGUUGAUAUUGGACCUUCGACAUCUCCGCCAGACUCUGAUCCAAGAUUGGGGAAGCGCAGAAUGCGCGUAGAACGCAUCUGCGCCCGGCUGGUAUCAGAUGUAGAAAACUUUGUGUCCAUGUCGAGGAUCUCGCAACCAUCAUCUCCAGCAACUACUCGAUCCGAAGUAAUGACCAGUCGAGCACCGAGUGAACCGUCGGCGAGUCACAUAUCCACGCAGUCUACGCGGGAGGGAGAAUCAGUCCCACAGGAAGAUGUGGAAUCUGCCAGCGUAUCUGUACCGAGCACUUCAUCUGCACAAGCAUCGGUCGCAAGUCUUCGUGAAGAAACAACUUUGUCGAUGGCGACAUCUUCCCCCGAGCAGCCUCCUCGGUUGGCAUUGUCUGCGCACACCGUAGAUGAGGAUCGCUUCGCGGACGCUACAUCUGACGACGGCCUGCAUGAGGACUCUGAGAGAGACUCACCCUCUCAGUCGCUUCAAUCAUUACCUAUUCGUGACCUAGGAGGGAGCAGUAUUCUUUAUGAAGACGAGGGGCUGCUCGACUAUGCAAUGCAGAACAGCAUGCUCGAUUUCCGAUUUGAUGAUGCACCGGACAUGCAAGCGCCGACAGAAGAAAUGCAUACUUGGGGUCUAGAUGGGGUAGACUUUAGUCUUCAGGAGGCACCCUCGGCACCCACGAGCGAAGCUUCAAUCUCUACUCUGCCUACAGUCUCUGCUCUUGGUCGAUCAUUUCGUCCACCUAGUGCCACUAAUUCACCAUCUCAGUCAAGGGUCUCGGAACCAUUUCAGCCGUCUACUGACAAUCUCAUCACCGCACGCCAGAACGUUGCGGACGACCAGCAAAGUCUUGUCAGUAGCGCCCCUCAUCCCCCUGCAUCGUCGCCAUCACCGGAAGAGGACCUAGCAGAAUCUCAGAUAUUCACACAUGACGAUGCUGAAAGCAUGUACAUGAGUGCGGUGAGUGCUGCACAGACGGAUUCAACUCAUCAGCGUCAUGUUCCCGGAGGUUGGGAUGCAUCCCCUACAUCAAGUCGAGAUACGGCUUCGGAUAGGUCUGGAUCGAUACCCGAUGACAUGAUCUCUGGUAGUAUUCUGGCCCCACUUCCGGAAGUUGAGGAUGGUUGCGACACUCCGCGUCCAAACAGUCGUCAAAGUCUGGCCUCCUCCCCACAGAUAAUUCCAGCUGAGACGCCAACCGUCAACGCUACAGUUAAUCAGAAGCAAGCGAAGGUUCUCCUUACCAUCGACGAAGUCACUGUCUGGUUUCCAUUGGGCCUGGAUCAGGUGCAGAACAGCACUCAGGCAACAGAGCCUCCCACAGAAUCUUCCGGAAUGGACUUCAAGCCACCGAAUCUUGGUGAAGACUCCAUAUUUGCCGAGAUGCCCGGUUCGUUCUCUAACUAUGCACAUUCAUCAUCUCAUCGUCGAAAGCCGUCGUUGGAAGCAUCCGCACGAGGACGGCCAAAUCCUAGAGCUAUCCAAGUCGAACAGCUAGCGGAGCAGCCCAAAAAGAAUCAUGUGCCUUCCAUCAGCAUCGAAGUUGGCUCAGUAGUGGGUCAUGUGGAUAUUUCGACGGGUCGGAUCAUGUGCGGAAUGUUCAGUCGAGUUGUAAAGGCUCUGACUAGUGAAACAGAGCCUCCAGAGAAGGGCACAAAGGCAGAUGACACCUCAAAAAAUGUCAUUAGUAGUGUCGAACUUUCUGCUAAGCUCUUUAGCUUAACUUGGUUGGAUACCGUUAUGGCCGAUUCAUUGCCCAACAGACAGAUUACCAAUAGGAUGCUCGAUCCAAAUCCUUCAGACGCUAUACUUAGAUUAAAUCUCUCGACGAUUCUAAUCAGCAGUCAAAGUCGCACGCAAGAUUCGCGAGCGAAGCUCCAGAUCGGUACACUCGUCCUUUCUUCUCUCGAUCAAGAUAUCAUCUCCUUUCACAAUUCGAGACCUAGAUCCAGACGAUCCAUUAGUUGUCUUCCAGAGCAGAUGAGCAACGAUGUCGAGAUCGACUUUGAACAAGCCAAGGACAAGCGUAUCACGGUGGUCACCCGUCCCAUCAAAAUCAUGUUCAACAUACAAAAGCUCGACGAUGCGCUCAGUUCAUUUGGCGGAUUUAGUGGGGUGCUAGAACUCAGUAGCUCCAUGAGCUCAACCAACACGAUACAUAGUCCAGUCUUGUCUCCUAGCCGACCUAGACCUCGCGGCGUACAUUUCGGAGACCAUCUGCCACUCCCUGCAGAGGCGCCUACAGUGUCCUCUAGCGUACCAAAGAUACAGGUCCAACUCGGUGAGGUAUCUUUUACUCUUAAGGGUAGGUCGUGUGCGGUACAACUGCAGACCACUUCGGUUCGCAUCGCGGUUCGAGAUAGCAAUGUCCGCCUGAAGGUCUCAGAAAUCCAGCUAUCGGGGCCUUUUGUAGAGGAUUCCCAAUUAGGCGCUCCGCUAUUGAUUGAGGUCAGGGGCACCACUGUCAACUUCCUUUUUGCGCCUCAAGAGAUUGAUCUAGCACGUCUUAUCUCCAUGAUCACACCGUCGAAAGAUCCAUAUGAGAACAAUGACGAUAUCUUGAUAGACACACUACUACGUCAGCGAAGGAAGGGAUCCGUUCUUCGGCUUGAAGUUAGUGAAGUGGGUAUUCGGGUGUCUGAUCUGCAGCAAAUGAAAACCUUCGAAGCUCUUGGGGCAGAGUUGGCACGGCUUGCCAAGGUCACGAAAUACCUCCCUGAUGACGACCGCCCUGGCUUACUCACACUCGCAACAGUGAAGAAGUUUGACGCAGGUGUAGCCGUCAACGAAAAGCUCGGCGACAUCUCCAUAUCUCUCCUGGACGCUUCGGUGGCACACGUUGGUGUUCCUGCUUUGUUGGCCGUAGAAAUUGGCAAAGCAACUGUGUCCAGAGAUGACGAGGUCCUCAUUCACGAAGUUGUGAGGCUGCGACCGCAAGAUCAGCUGCCCGCUAUCAUGGUUAGGAUGGUCGGAGAUGAGAUGGAGCCCAUGGUGAAGAUUAAGUUCUUCAAUGUUUGUGCCGAAUAUCGAGUUUCGACCGUUAUGGCAGCGCUUGGCAUAUCGGACGAUAGCACAGCUGACGACAUUGCUUUGGGUAUCGCAUCAAGCGUCGCGACUAUAACCGGAGCAGCAUCCCCUAAGACCCUUAGUAGACAAUCGUCGCAAGCGAGCUCUCCGUCGACAGCUGCUGCGAAAGCACUGCAGAUUGAUGUUCUCCUCAGAAGUUGCGCCAUUGGUCUGAACCCGCGAAAAAUCUCAUCUAAAGGCCUUUUCGUUCUCACAGAAGCACAUAUUGCGGGUCGGCAAGCGAAAAAUGACUACUCGAUCACAGUAGAGCUCCGUAAAGCCUCCAUGCACGCUAUCGACAACAUAGCUCGUCUUGAAGAGGAGCGUGGAACAGACUCGCCAGCUAGCCCAAUAAUCUCAAAUCGCCAUCUGCACGAACUCGGCGAGUCCGGGUUUGUAUCGUUGAGUUCAAUCUCAGCUGCCAAAGUGUAUGUGAACAUUGCAGGGGAAGGAAAGGACCAGCCACAGCUGGUUGAUGUAGAGUUCAAGAACGAGUUGUUCGUUAUUGAAUCGUGCGCAGACUCUACGCAGACACUCAUCGCGAUACUGAACGGCCUCCAGCCACCCAUGCCUCCUUCUACGGCAGAGAAAUAUCGAACCGUCGUCCCGCUACAAGAGAUGAUGGAAUCUUUCACUGGUGACGCAUUUGCUGCUCAUGCAGACGUUGGGAAUGGAAAUGAGGACGAGGACGAGGAUUUUAUGAGCAACGCUGACCUUGUUGAGGACGAUGUACCGACAAAUCUUGAGUUUGUUGGCAGUUUUUAUAACUCUCAGUCUCUUCCUACCGACGAAGAGAUGGGUGAUAGCCUGCUCGGCGAGGAUGACCUCGGUGCUUUGGCUACGCCACCGAUCACACGUCAGCGCGGUGAGCGAGCUCUCCUGGAAAGUUUCCAAGAAAAGUAUGAGAUCGCUCCAGAUAUACAAGACUUCGACUUCAGCGACAACUACUUCAAAGACUCAGACUCGGAUCAGAAAGGAAAAGCCCGGAAGUGGGACUCAACCAAAAACCAGUAUCACCUCUCGAAUGAAUUCAAAGCUCCUGAUGCACCGCUGAAAGUUCGGGUACGCGAUGUGAACAUCAUCUGGAACCUUUACGAUGGAUAUGACUGGCCACGCACCCGAGGUAUCAUCGCUAAGGCUGUGGAUGACGUUGAAGCGCGUGCUGAGGAGCGGCGACGGAAGGUGCGCGAAGAAGAUGAGGACGACGACUUCAUCGAAGAAGACUUCCUGUUCAACUCCGUGUGGAUUGGUGUUCCAGUCAAGGACGAAAAGGGCGCUCUCGCACGCCGUAUCAAUCACGACAUUGACGACCUCGCUAGUGAGACUGGUAGCUACGCGACCUCGACGGCCACUCAUUCUACGGGAGCUACGGCUCGUCCACGAAGUGCAACAAAGUCUAAGCGCCGUCUCAAACUGGAGCGCAGCAAGCACAAGAAGAUCGCGUUUUCGCUCAUGGGUGUUGCGGUUGAUCUCAUUGUCUUCCCUCCCAAUUCCGGCGAGACGAUCAACUCCAUUGAUGUCCGAGUGCAAGAUCUCGAAGUCUUCGAUCACGUCCCUAGUUCGACUUGGAAAAAGUUCGUCACCUGCCAGAUCGCACCGAGUGCGCGCGAGCUUAGCCGGCCAAUGCUUAAUCUUGAACUUGUGACGGUCAAGCCAGUGACUGAUUUGGCUGCUUCUGAACUGGUCAUCAAGGUCACUGUACUUCCUCUCCGUCUACAUGUCGACCAAGAUGCUCUGGACUUCAUCACGCGUUUCUUCGAGUUCAAAGACGAUUCUGCACCUGAACCCGCUUCGGCAGCCGAACAGCCCUUUAUCCAGCGUCUAGAAGUGAAGGCAGUGGCAAUGAAGCUGGACUACAAGCCGAAGCGUGUCGACUACGGUGGUAUUCGUUCAGGUCACACUACCGAGUUUAUGAACUUCCUCAUCCUCGACGGCUCCGACAUCGUUCUCCGCCACGCCAUCGUAUACGGUAUUACGUCCUUUGAUAAACUCCAAAAAACGCUCAACGACGUGUGGAUGCCUGAUGUCAAGCGUAAUCAACUACCAGGUGUACUCUCCGGCCUCGCAGCUGUCCGUCCACUGGUCAAUGUGGGAUCAGGCAUCCGUGACCUUGUCGUUGUGCCAAUGCGCGAGUAUAAAAAGGAUGGCCGUAUCGUCCGCAGCUUACAGAAGGGGGUUUACGCGUUCGCCAAGAACACCACAUCAGAGGUUGCACGUCUAGGCGCCAAAGUAGCAAUCGGUACCCAAACCCUGCUUGAAGGUGCAGAGGUGUUCAUCAAUCCACAGGCCGCUUCCCCAUCUCGCCAGCAUCAUAACGAUUGGGAUGGCGAAGAUCCAACCUCUGACACCGAAGAACCGCGUGCUGUAUCGAACUACGCAAAUCAGCCGAUUGGGGUAAGAGCUGGCUUGCGCUCUGCGGCCCGGCACCUAGAGCGUGAUCUUCUUACUGCGCGUGAUGCCGUGAUUGCCAUUCCCGCAGAGGUCAUGGAGGAGGGCAGCGGUGUAGGGAUGGCGCGGGCGCUUGCUAGACAUGCUCCCACGGUAAUUCUAAGGCCUGCACUUGGUGCGACAAAGGCAUUGAGCAAUGCAUUACUGGGCGUUGGUAAUGCGCUUGAUGAGGGCUCAAGGCGUAAGAUUGAAGACAAAUAUAAGUCCUACUAG